GAGGAGGAGGAGGGUUUUCUUUUUUCCAUUCCCCCCACCCCCUCCCUCUUUUCCAGCCAGUAAAGAGUGUGUCUGCCCCUUUGAACCGUCGGCACAGCGCCUGCGGCUGCACACACACACACAGACACACACACAUCGCCGGCUAUAAAUAAGUUAAGAGCCGGGCAGAGGGCGAGCAGUGCGCGUCUGCCGGCGGGACCAGGAGGCUGGGACAGCCCCGUCGAGCCUCCCCAGCGACUCAGCCCUGCCCACGGGCGCCGGACCCGGGGGUGCCAUGGCGUGCGUGGAGCGCGGCUGCCGCUGCUGCGCGGAGGGCAGGCGGCACAGCAGCAUCCUCUACAGCAUCCUACGGAGCCAGGAGCGCCAGGAGCGGGCGGCGCCGACCGGACAGGCUCCCCGCGGCUGCCCCUGCGGGUCGAGGCGGCGGGUGGCCCUGCGGAGCCCGCAGGUGGUUUGCAAGGCGGCCUCGGCCGUGCUGGUGAAGACGCUGCGCUUCGUCCAGAACGUGCCCUGCUUCCAGGAGCUGCCGCUGGAGGAGCAGCUGCUGCUGGUCCGCAGCUGCUGGGCGCCCCUGCUGCUACUGGGGCUGGCGCAGGACCGGGUGCCCCUGGAGACGGUGGAGAGCGCGGAGCCCAGCAUGCUGCAGCGCAUCCUCACGGCCCGGCGGCACGGAGAGCAGCCCCCGCCGCGGGUACCCGCACCGCCGCCGGGCCGGCAGCACCACGGCCCGCACCUGCCCUCGGCCGGAGAGAUCCAGGCCAUCAAGGGCUUCUUGGCCAAGUGCUGGAGCCUGGACAUCAGCACCAAAGAGUACGCUUACCUCAAGGGGACGGUGCUCUUCAACCCGGAUCUACCUGGACUGCAGUGUACACAGUACAUUGAAGGACUGCAGAGGGAAGCACAACAAGCUCUAAAUGAACAUGUCAGACUCAUUCACAGAGGUGAUGAAGCCAGAUUUGCCAAGCUGAAUGUUGUUUUAUCUUUGUUAAGAUCUAUUAAUGCUGAUGUGAUGGCUGAAUUAUUCUUCAGGCCCAUCAUUGGAGCGGUGAACAUGGAUGACAUGCUUUUGGAAAUGCUUUGUGCAAAAUUAUAAAGACAUGUAAAAUAAAUGCAAAUAGUGCAAAGGAAGCCCUAGAGCAGAAUAGUGUAAAGUAUUGUAAAUAAACUAACUUAUUGUUUUUACAUAGAUAGUAUUUUUGUAUUCCAUAAUAAAAUAUUCUUCAAGAUCUGAAA